UUCUGUUUAAAGCAAACAUAAUUUCAUUAAAUAACAUACCAAACCAAGUUCAGCACAGCUGCCAAUUUGAACCAGAUGAUCAAAAUUCAAUCUAACACUGUCAUGUGCUCCAACUUAAAAUGAAUAAUCCAACCAUUACUACCUAAAUUUUCCAGCAGGCAUUUCACCGUAUGGUUCUGUAUUUAUUAUGUACCCAUCAAACAACCCAUUGAUCUUUAAGAAGGUGUCUCACAUUUCAAAAAACUACUUCUCAGGACAGACAAAUCUGAACAUCAUCUUCAAUUUUUCCAAUUCUAGUUUUCAGUCUACAUCGGUUUGCAGCAAAGGAUUGAGGAUAAGGUGUAGAAUAAAACGAUUUCUUCCAAGAAUGGACUAAUACCACCUUAUCCUACAGCAGACCAAUUUCGAUAUAUAUAGAUAUAUAUAGAUAGGCAACACAUAAAGCUUCUUCAACCUGCACAGAAAAUCAAGAAUGACCUCCAUGGCUGUUAAGCUACUCGUCCACUUAUGUCUGCUCACUUCUCUGUUAGCAAUGGCUAUGCCAACUGAUCGUUCAACUUAUAUCAUCCACAUGGACAGGACAGCAAUGCCCAUGGCCUUCACUGAUCACCAUCACUGGUACUCUUCCACCCUUCAGUCAUUGAGCACCUCCAACUCUGCCAAAGAAGAUGCUUCUGAAGCUGCUCCGAGACUCAUCUAUGCUUAUGAGAAUGUAAUGCAUGGAUUCAGCGCAGUGCUUUCCGGUGAAGAACUCAAAGCUCUGAAGCAAGCGCCUGGCUUCUUGUCCGCCCAUGAAGAGAAACAAGCUACAAUGGACACCAGCCACACCUAUGAAUUCCUCUCACUCAACACAGUCACAGGGCUCUGGCCAGCCUCCAAAUACGGUGAAGAUGUGAUCAUUGGUGUGAUCGACAGUGGAGUUUGGCCGGAAAGUGAUAGCUUCAACGAUAAAGGAAUGCCUAAAUUAGCCCCCAAGAGAUGGAAGGGAAAAUGUGAGCCCGGGCAGGAGUUCAACACCUCUUUAUGCAACCGCAAGCUCAUUGGUGCUCGUUACUUCAACAAGGGAGUCCGAGCAGCCAAUCCAGGAAUCAAAAUCUCUAUGAACUCAGCUAGAGACACGUUCGGUCAUGGCACACACUGUGCAUCCACUGCUGCUGGGAACUAUGCUUCUGCUGAUUAUUUUGGGUAUGCCUCUGGUGUUGCCAGGGGCAUUGCGCCCAGAUCAAGAUUGGCUGUUUACAAGGUCAAUUGGCAAGAAGGAAGCUACGAGUCUGAUGUUCUUGCCGGUUUGGAUCAAGCUAUUGCAGAUAGCGUUGAUAUCAUUUCAGUAUCACUCGGUUUUAGUGGUACUGACUUUUAUGAAGAUCCAAUAGCCAUAGGUUCAUUCUCAGCCAUGGAAAAAGGUAUCUUCGUCUCCAUUUCUGCAGGCAACCGUGGACCCGGCCGUUCAACACUGCACAACGGAACCCCCUGGGCGUUAACCGUGGCAGCAGGCUCGAUUGACCGUAAGUUCUCAGGGACUUUGACAUUAGGUAAUGGCCAAACCAUCAUCGGUACUACUCUGUACCCAGAGAACGCAUUGCUAGUCAAUGUGCAGCUUAUUUACAAUGAGACAAUCUCAGCUUGCAACUCAUCUUCUUUGCUGACAUCCGAAGCAGAAGGCAUGAUCGUGGUGUGCGACGACACUGGAUCAACAUAUUAUCAGAAUUACUAUGUGACUGAAUCCAAAGCUGCUGGUGCUGUAUUCAUUUCUGAUGAGAUUCACAACUUUGACAACACUUGUCCAGGGGUUGUAAUCAACUCGAAACAGGCAGUGAACUUGAUCAAGUACGCGAAGAAAAACUUGGAAGCCACUGUGACCAUGAAGUUCAGGCAGACAUUCAUCGGCACCGAACGAGCUCCAGCAGUGGCAUCAUCUUCAUCGAGAGGACCAUCACAGAACACCCCUGGCGUGUUGAAGCCGGACAUAAUGGCUCCAGGGACUAAUAUUCUUGCAGCGUGGGUGCCUAAUAUGGCGGCUGCCAUCAUUGGUAACACUCCCUUGGGUAGUGAUUACAACAUCCUCUCAGGCACAUCAAUGGCCUGCCCGCACGCAGCCGGUGUGGCUGCUUUGCUGAAGAGUGCACGCCCGGGCUGGAGCCCGGCCGCCAUUCGCUCGGCCAUGAUGACCACGGCCAGUGUUUUGGAUAACACUUUGAAGCCGAUUAAGGACAAUGGCUUCUUUAGCGAUGCUAGUCCACUAGCCAUGGGAGCAGGCCAAGUGGACCCGAACAAAGCCUUGGAACCAGGUCUGGUUUAUGAUGCCAACCCACAAGACUAUGUGAGCUUGUUAUACGCGUCUGGUUACACAAGCAAACAGGUCAGGAUAAUCACUAGAUCCAAGUUAUAUAAUAGUUCCAAAGCCUCAUCUGAUCUCAAUUAUCCUUCGUUCAUUGCUACCUUCGAGCCCAAUUCUACCAGUUAUUCUCGCAUGUUUGUGAGAACAGUGACUAAUGUUGGGGAUGGACCUGCCAGUUAUAAAGUCACGGUGACAAUGCCUAAGUGGGUUUCCGUAGUUGUUCAACCGGAUGUGCUUGUUUUCAAGAAGAAGGAUGAGAGGCUGAAAUAUAAGGUCACUGUGAAGGCCACCCCACCAAAGGGUGACGCAGGUGCUGAUGCAUUUGGAGCUCUUGUGUGGGUUGAUGAGAAGGGGAAGUACACUGUCAGAAGCCCUUUGGUAGUUCUUCUGCUUUAGUUUUGUUUGGAUAUUAUUUAAAUCAUUGAAUUUGUCACAUGACAGUGUUUCAUGAAUAAAUUUGAGAUGGAAGAUUAUUAAUAAAAAUAAA